CGUUUCUAAGAAGCCUAAUAGCUUCAGUGCCGCAAAUCUUAGCUGCAGGGGCUAUUAUCAUCUUCACUGUAGAGGAGCACAAGAGAGAGAGAGAGAGAGAGAGGGAGAGAGCAAAUGGCUUGCUUUGCAAAUCUACCAAUGAUUUCAAGCCCAAACCCCAACCCUAAUCCUAAUCUUAAAGCCUCUGCUUCUCUCUCUCAAUCAUCAAUCUCCACCAAGCUUCAUUUUUCUUCACAAUUCUCAUCUCUCUCCCCUUCUCCCCUCUCGCUUCGCUGCAAUCAAACCCUAAUACUACGUCGUUUCGGAGGCCGCGCUCCCAGCGUAUCUCCAACUCUCGUGGUAGUGGCAUCUGCUAAUCCCAAUUCUCUGAAGAUUAUGAUAUCCGGUGCUCCUGCUUCUGGUAAAGGGACACAAUGCGAGCUCAUCACUAAAAAGCAUGAUUUGGUGCAUAUUGCUGCUGGAGAUUUAUUGAGGGCAGAAGUUGCAGCUGGUAGUGAAAAUGGGAGGCGAGCGAAGGAGUUCAUGGAAAAAGGGAAGCUAGUGCCAAAUGAAAUAGUUGUCAUGAUGGUUAGGGACCGUCUAUUGCAGCCUGAUUCUCAAGAAAAGGGAUGGCUUUUAGAUGGAUACCCUAGGAGCCAAUCUCAAGCUACUGCUCUCAAGGAAUUUGGGUUUGAGCCUGACCUUUUCAUUCUCCUAGAAGUCCCUGAAGAAAUUCUGGUCGAAAGAGUGGUUGGAAGGAGGCUAGAUCCUGUCACUGGGAGGAUAUACCACUUGAAGUAUUCUCCCCCUGAGAAUGAAGAAAUUGCUGCUAGGCUUACUCAACGCUUUGAUGAUACUGAGGAAAAGGUAAAGUUACGAUUGCGUACUCAUCAUCAAAAUGUGGAGGCAGUACUUUCAUUGUACAAAGACAUAACAAUCAAGGUCAAUGGAGGUGUUUCAAAAGAAGAAGUGUUUGCCCAAAUUGACAGUGCUCUGGAAAAACUUGUCAAGCAAAAGAAGGCUACUGCAGGACCUGUAGCAAUAUAGAAGAUGUAAAAGAACAAUGAAGUAGAAAGUUGCUGCUUCAGGGAUUUGCUGCAACUGGCAUGAUUAUUUUACUUACAUUUGGAUGUUGGUGUAUUAAUGGGAUUGUGUAAUAAAUGGCCUUUCUAUUCAGUGUCA